UUUUUCAUCCUCGCAGGAUACGCAUGUGUGUUUACUUUCUUCUAUCUCUUGGUGUCGCGUCGGCAGCAAGAAAAACGAUGUUCUUUCUCCCUGUCAUCCUCUUGCUGAGCGCAAAAGCUCUAAGCCAAACUAUCCAACUGGACUUCGUUGUCCAAGAACUAAAGGAUGGCCAUCUCCCACUGUCGAGCAGGCUACACGCGCGCAAUAUUGAGUUACCAGUGUUCAACGAUUUUCCAACUCAGCGCUAUCUCUUCAAUAUAAUGGCGGGAAAUCCCCCUCAAUCCUUCACGAUCAUGAUAGAUUCAGGGUCUGCUGAUUUAUGGCUGCCUUCCCCAACAUCCCCCGGAUGUUUAGAGAGCUGCCCACCCGGAACUUUCGAUGUGCACGCCUCUGGCACUGCAGUAGAUAUUCACAUUCCGUAUAAUGUGUCUUUUGGGUUGACACCCGAUAACAUUAUGCUGGGAGAGUACUACAACGACACUGUUACCAUUGGGGGCGCCACCCUACUGAACCAAUCAUUCGCUGUCGCAGAAGUCACUGAAGCAGAAAUGAUACAUUGGGGCAUAAUGGGUCUUGGUACGGUGUACCGCUCCAGUGCAUACGACAAUCCAAAGAGCCCUACGUAUAGGAGUGCGAGCCGGAGCCCUUUGCCGGUGUGGCUUAAUUUGCAUCGGCAAGGUAUAAUCGAAAAGAAGAUAUUCAGCGUGUGGUUGAACAGUCAAGACGCCGCGACAGGGACUCUGCUAUUGGGUGGCAUCGACGACGCAAAAUACGAGGGCGAGCUUAAAAGUACACCUGUGCUGUUAUCCGGGCCGGAACAAGUGUUUAUGGAAUGGCUAGUUCAAUUCACAUCGGUUGCGCGUGUGGAUAACGAGGGGAAAAGAGAGGACCUGACAGCUUCAAACUGGACAUUGGAGGCUAUCGUUGACACGGGCUCACCUAAUAUGUAUCUGCCGUCCUCGUUGUAUGAUAGCAUUGCUUCUCCACUCAAUGCGACGACGCAUCCUACGGCAAAUACCCCAUACGUCCCUUGCUCGCUUCGUUCAUCCUCAGAGUAUCUCGAGUGGGUAUUUGCUGGACGGGAUGAAGAGGACGGACCGGCAAUUCGUAUGCCAUACAGCGAGAUGAUCUACAGUUUCGGCAUGCCUGCCAACCUUGGCGAGGUCCGGAGUGAGGACGGUGUUGAACUAUGCUACCUGGGUGUAAUCCCAUGGGACGGUCCAAUCGUACUAGUGGGUGCUGUCUUGAUUCGGAACGCGUACGUUGUCUUCGAUGGAGAAGCGGUGGAAUUACGUAUGGCGCAAGUAAAGAUAGAUUAG